AUGUCGAAAGAUCACAAGAGCAAAGACAAGUCGAAGCGACGCGAGUCGAAAUCCGGCUCUUCCUCCUCCUCGUCGAAGUCUCGCAAGUCUUCCUCGUCGACUUCUGUCUCGGAUCUCCCUAUCACGCUCCCAUCCAACAACAUCGCCUCUGAUGUUGCCUCUACCUCGGCACCACGUACCGUGACUACCGCUUUCUCGACCUUGUAUCCGAUCCUCAACCUCCCCAUUCCACCCGUAUGGUCGUCCGAUCCAUACUCGGCAUUCUCCGAUCUCAUGGAUACCCUCGUAAUGCGAUACGUGCCUCAACUUUCCGGAGUCCUCAUCACACAUUCUCCCACUCGCUUCCUCCAAGAUACCGCCGUCUUCUCCGCCGAUUCGGCAUUCGCUACGGCGGCCGUCGGGUUCGAGUGCGUGGUAUGGACGCCUCGUAUCGGUCAGAUGUUGGAGGGAAACAUCUGUCUCUCCUCCCCUUCCCACGUAUCCCUCCUCCUGUACGGACUGUUCAACGCCUCCAUUCCAGCAUCACACCUUCCCGCAGAAUUCGAAUUCGUCCUCGACGACUCCGGAGAUCAAGGCAUGGGUUUCUGGAAGAGCAAGAUCGACAACACCAAACUCGGAGGCUCCACUGGAAAACUCCAGUUCACCGUCAUCAGCCUCACAAUCGCAAACCACAUGCUCUCACUACACGGAUCCAUGCUCGACGAUCCUUUCAGUUCCCCCUUGACCCUCGACAGAUCGUACCUCAAAAAGAGUCUCUUGCCAACCCAGGCGUUCGGUCUAGGCAGUACCUCCGCAAAACCCACCAACAAGGACGUCGAAAAGGUGGCUUCCCCAAGAAGAGUCAGAUGGCAGGACGAAGAUGACACUGAUGCAGUACAAAGCGACGACCCUUCCAAGUACGAUACCCCCGAAGUCGUCAAGGUGGAAGAACCGGUCAAGGUGGUCAAGGAGAAGAAGAGUAAGAGGAAAUCAACCGGUUCAACCGCAGAGACAGAACAGCAAGAGGCUUCGACAACCGAUUCACCAAAACGCGAAAAGAAGCGCAGAAAGGAAGCCUGA